UGAAGGUGAUGAUGAUGAUAGAUGUGACAAGGGUGGUACCACAAACUGAUGAUGAUCGUAACGAAGGAUGAUGAUGAUGUCGGUAGUGAUGAUUAUGAUGACAGUGAUGACGAUAAUGAUGAUGCUGAUGGUAGUAAUAGUAAUGAUAGUAAUGAUAGUAAUGAUGAUGAUGAUGAUGAUCAUGAUGAUGAUGAUGAUGAUGAUGAUGAUGAUGAUGCUAUCGAUGAUAACGAAUCUGAGGAUGAUGAUAACGAUGAUAAUAAUGAUGGUGAUGAUGAUGAUAAUGGCGUUGAUGAUGAUGAUGAUGAUGAUAAGAUGAUGAUACUGAUGGUGAUGAUGAUGAUGGUGACGAUGGUGAUGAUGACUAUUCUGAUGAUAACGCACAGUACCCUACACUAACUCAAAAUGGCGGUAGCACUGAUGACCGGAUGAUGAUGAUGGAGAUUUUGAAAAAGCCUACGACCACGUGGAUUGGGAUUUUUUAGAUAAAUGUUUGGAAAAAAUGAACUUUGGGCCUAUCGGCGCUGGGUCAAGAUCCUUCGUAAUAAUGCCACCACCUACGUUCAGGUCAAUGGGUCAGUAGCACCCCCAUUUGAGCUCCAACGGUCCGUGAGACAAGGGGAUCCCAUUGCCCCCUAUCUCUUUUUGGUGAUAAUGGAAACACUGUCAACCAACCUGUGUCAUAACAAAGACCUUACACGCAU